GACCUGCCUUAUGGUCACGUGAUCAAGCCCGGAACACGCCAAUCAGCGUUCGAUUGUGUCGCUGCGGCUAACGUCGACUCGGGAGAUCCUUGAGUUUCCCAACAUGAGUAGCUCCGAGGAAGUAUCGUGGAUUUCUUGGUUUUGUGGUCUACGGGGAAACGAGUUCUUCUGUGAGGUGGAUGAAGACUACAUUCAGGACAAGUUUAAUCUUACAGGACUCAAUGAGCAAGUUCCCCAUUACAGACAAGCCCUUGAUAUGAUCCUGGAUCUGGAACCUGAUGAGGAGCUCGAGGACAACCCAAAUCAGAGCGACCUGAUAGAGCAGGCUGCUGAAAUGCUCUACGGACUCAUCCACGCACGGUACAUCCUAACUAACCGCGGCAUUGCCCAGAUGCUGGAGAAGUAUCAACAGGGUGACUUUGGCUAUUGCCCUCGUGUUUACUGUGAGAAUCAGCCAAUGCUGCCCAUUGGGCUAUCCGACAUCCCUGGUGAGGCCAUGGUUAAGCUAUACUGCCCUAAAUGUAUGGAUGUGUACACACCGAAGUCAUCCAGGCACCAUCACACUGAUGGAGCCUAUUUUGGUACUGGCUUCCCACACAUGCUUUUUAUGGUGCAUCCUGAGUACCGGCCAAAGAGGCCCGCCAACCAGUUUGUGCCCAGGCUGUAUGGUUUUAAGAUUCACCCAAUGGCUUACCAGCUACAGCUGCAGGCAGCCUCCAGCUUCAAGAGCCCUGUCAAAGCAAUCCGUUAAGAACAUGAAGACACGGGAGGGGGUGGGAUCGGGUGGGUUGCGUGCGUGUCUACAUUGUCCCACUCUUCUACUACAGUUUAUACUAGAUUUGACCGACACACAUUGAAAUGUGGAGAGAGUAAGACUGUAUUACACACUUUGGGGAGAAACAAAAACCUUACCUCUGAGACUCUGUACGGACAAUGGGGUGUUCCUUGUAAAUCAAUUUGAGUUCUUAACCUUAAGAUAGAAAUUAAAGUUAUAAUUAAAGAUAGAUACAUGAAUGUUGCUCUUGUAAGACGGCUCUGGUCAUGUUUAUUUUAGAUCAUCAAGGUCAAGUAAUGCUACCAUUCAAUAUUAUCAGGAAUUGAUAUGGUUGAUGGGGUUGACAUCAUUCAUUCCCCUCUUUGAUUAGACCAGAUAUUUAGCUUACUUUAAACAGUUGUUGCAUGGAAAGGCAGAACAUUUCAUUUAAGUAUUUAGUUUUAAUGAUCAGUUUUGCAUUCCUCUUCAGAAGAGAGGCGACCUGCUGAGUUCCUCCAGCAUCGAGAUUACUUACGAGAGAUUUUACUACAGUAAAGGACGUUUUUAUGUUCGGUAUGGGCCCAGGUUUUCUUCCCUGUAUUUUUUGUGAGUGCUUUGUUUUUGUGUGUUUUCCCCCUUUUUUCUUUUACAGCUGUUUAGGAACCAGGGUUCAGAAUUCACAAUAAAUGUCUUUUCCUAUAA